AUGCGGGAAUCAUGGCGAUGGCUGACGCUCGCCAUUUCCGGUGACUAUUACCAGCCCGAUUGCGACGUCAAGUUGGAGAGUCUUGGUAGUCGUCCAUGUGAGGAGAUCGGCCUCGAUGAGCUGAACUAUGACAUCACACGGCAUAUAGUCACUGCCGGGACGUGCAUCGGGUUUCAGAAUUGGUUAGCCAAGAUGGCCAUGCAGUUGACCCCAACAUGUUCGAGUAUUGUUGACGGGCCUCUUUCCUCAUUGCGCUCAACGACCAAGCCUCUCAGCCGCCCUGGGCGUACUAGAGAAUAUGCUGCGGCACAAUGUAGUACCUCAUUGUCAUUCGUGUCGCCGGGCUGUGAAAGGGGCUCCGGUCAUGCGGUGGCCAGAGUCAAGAGCCAUUCAUCGCCACGAGGUUGCCUGGCGUAUACACAUGUUGUAGUGACUUUCAUGGUCAGCAACUCUAGCAUGCAGCCAAUCGCGGAUAAUGUAGAUCUGAGGCUAAGCACAUGCGCCACGCAGCGCCACGCAGCUAAGCCUCAGGCCCCGACCAAUCAAUACGCUCAGUUCCUGAAACUAGGGAAUCGAUCUACAUGUAGUCUGCAAACGCAUGGUCCCUAUUGCAUCUUCACGAUUCUCUCAGUUUCAACCCUCUCAAAUGUCCCUACAAUGUCUUCUGACAUUCUACAAGCCAUAGACGUAUGCCGGAGUGGAAGCCGGGGCGUCCGUGCUUCAAGGUGCGGAGAGCUUUUGCACUGCCCCCUUACCAAGAACGCCGGGCAGCUUGUCUUUGCUCAUCUCGCCUUCAACGGUUCUAGUCGCCAAAGCAAUCAUUCUAGCCAUCUUGGCGAAUGCUCGCCAGCUCAGUGUCCACCACGACGAUAG